GUCCAGAUGAUACGUGAAAAGAAGUGCGCUUGCGCAGUAGCACCUCAGUCAGCCAGAAGAAUCAAACAUGGAUGUGUUUGUUAGCUCUCCGAGUUUCAGGUUCUCUAACUUUGAAUUUCCUGUCGGAUCUGUGGUCCGAGACGUUUUGAACAGGUUCACAGAAACACAGGUGAGUGUUUACGCCCGACCGAGGGAACAUAUUUUACAACGUUCAGGUCCGAGAGUCGUUUGUGCUAACACCGGCUAACAAACACAAACAGGCUAACUGCGUCAGCUCAACAACUAACUGACUGAUAAACGUUCAUAGACAAAUUAAUAGUGAAUAAUUGUUAAUAGUUUAUUCAAUUAGUGUAAAUUCUUUGUGUAAAUUAAACUUAUUUAAUCAGAUGUUAGCAUUGUUUAAUAUAACCUCAGUUUGUCUUUUUAUUCGCGUUAAAUGUUUUUCCCGGUGUUCUGUUAAAGUUUACUCCCCUGUUAAAUUAUGUCUCUGAGCUAUUCGGACACAGAUUUCCGCACCUGUGUUUAAACUUGAUUGUAUUAAAAUCAGACUUUUUCUGAAGUCCUGUGGCGCGGUUACAGGUGAGAAGAAAGAUAAGAAGACACGGGGAUAAAUAUCCCUAUGCUUAUCCUAGCCAAACACUGACAUCACUGGAGGUCCCUGUAUAAUACUUUUCCAUAUGAACAAUACUUAAGGCUCAUUCACAACAGAGCAGCUCUGAAUCUAAACAGCUGAGUCUGAGUUUAAAGUCUGAGAUCAGCACCAUGAACCCACUGCUGUCAUAGAGACUCUGUCUGUGUCUGUGUGUGUCCAGGGACUUCCUUCCUCAGAGGACUUCUACGUGGUCAGAAAUGGUCGUCUGUCAAACAUGGAGGAUCCCCUGCAGCCUGGCGCUGUCUAUCGCCUGGAGCCCCGCCUCUGUGGAGGGAAGGGAGGUGAGUUACAGGAAACAGCCCAAAAUAAAGGAUGUAAAUUCAGUUACCACUCUAUCAGUGUGGGUGUUAAAGUCUCUGUUACUGUGUUUUUAGGGUUUGGCUCCAUGCUGCGAGCUCUGGGUGCUCAGAUCGAGAAGACGACCAAUCGUGAAGCCUGUAGGGACCUGAGUGGACGGCGACUACGAGACGUUAACCACGAGAAAGAGUAAGAGAUUCAUAGGUUAUCUCUCUUUCUCUGGUUGUCAUCUGUCCUCACAAUUAUUGUUCAGACUCAAUGAUCAUAUUUUUGUGAUCUUGGGAGGCCCUAAUCUUAAUCCUAAUUAUAAUCUGAUUAAUCACGCACCUCUGCGUCCACACCUCUUUGUUAACAUGCAGGAGGGUUCUGGAUUUACUGGAGUUCCACAUCCUCCUGCCUGCUAUGUGUCUCUGCUCCACCCUCCAUCACAGCCCCUACAGCUAUUUUCGUUCUUCUAUCCUGACAGUCCUAUAGCGUAUAUCAAAUAAGUCUUUGUCUCCUGUGGUGCAAAUAAUCAUAGAUACUUUCCUCUGUGGUGUCAGGAUGGCAGAGUGGCUGAAAAAACAGGCGGAGCGCGAGGCAGAGAAGGAGCAGCGUCGCCUGGAGCGCCUGCAGAGGAAACUGGCUGAACCCAAAUACAACUUCACCGACCCAGAGUACCAGCAGCAGUGUCACGACCUGUCAGAGCGACUCGAGGACUCGGUCAUCAAAGGUCAGCAGGGGAGGAGAGGGAUGGGGUAAUAUUAUGUCUGUCAGACUGGCUUUGCCUCUUCUCUCUGUAAAGAUAAAAUCUCUUUGUUAAACUUUAAACAAUGUAUUUCUGCUGCUUCUAUUCCCUCUUUCCUGUGAGGUUAAAGUCUUCCUUUGUAACCCUUUAAUUAUAAGUAAAGAACCAGACUUUGUUCUUGAAACUGGUUUCAGGUCUGCAGGCGUCGUCGAGCGGUCAGGUGAAAGCAGGCGAUGUUUCAGCGGUUAAGAGGCCGAGUUCAGAUCUGAGUGAACAACCACAGAAGAAGAAGAAGAUGAAAACGACAACAACAACAGGUGCAUCCUGUUUCUGGUGAGUCAGCUGGUGGUUCUGUCCCCCCACACAGAUUUAGGACGGACUAAUAAAGUCCUUCUUUUUAAUUUUUUUUUCAAAACACCCAAAGAAACCCAGAGAUCGGUGUUUAUGCUGAAUGAAUAAAAAAAACUUGAUCAACUACAGGACCAGCUCACCUGUUUGGGUCCAGAGAGCACAGUGUUCUGUUUCUGUUAAUCUGAUGUUUGACCUGUCGUCAUGGUAACAGGACUGGUGUGGAUGAGUUGGUGAGCUCAGAGGAAGACGAAGAUGAAGAUGAAGAAGAUGAGCAAUCCCCAUCCACGUCCUCCUCUGACUGUGGAGCUGCUGCUGUUACCGUGGUAACGCAUAGGGAGGAGGAGCCUGAGCAGAGCAGCAGGUAGAGACCAGACCACCUCAGACAAGAUCCACAGAGUCCAGACUCACCUCAAGACCAGGAACCCUUUAUUUACUCUGGUUCCUUUACUCUUUAUUUACUCUGUCUUCCAGUUCCUCUGAGUGCAGCUCCACUUCAGCUGAUCAGUCCCCCAAACCGUCAGAGGCCCCGGGACCGUCAGAGGCCCCAGGACCAUCAGAUGCCCCGGGAACGGGACCGUCGGAAGCCCCAGGACCGUCAGAGGCCCCGGGACCGUCAGAGGCCCCAGGACCAUCAGAGGCCCCGGGACCGUCAGAGGAUCAGAGCCCCGCAGAAGUCUGUAAACCUGCAGAGGAGUCCAACAGCAGGUCACCUCAGCAGGUAAUGUGUUUAUGUGUGGAGUCAAAGUGCUUACAGCUUUAAAAGACUGAGCAUGCUCAGUAGAGAGUCUGCAGGUUUCUCCGUAGACUUUAUUCAGUUAAACUGUCUGAGCAUCUGAGCCGAGAAUUUGAUAAGCUGAAAACAUGAAGAUCCGCUCUGUUCUGUGUUUUUAGGAGCAGCAGGCUGUGUCCCAGAUGGACUCGUCCUCUGUGUCUCAGGUGGACCUGUCCGGGGUGACCUCGGUCUCUGAGCUGGAGGCUCUGGGUCUGGACAUCCUAAAGGGGGAGCUGAUGAGCAGAGGUCUGAAAUGUGGGGGGACGCUGACAGAGCGGGCUGCGCGGCUCUUCUCCGUCAGAGGGCUGAACCCGGACCAGAUUGACCCUGCGCUGCUCGCAAAACCCAGCAAGACUAAGAAGAAGUGAGGUCAGAGGACUCUGACAGGAAGACGUGUCAGAUUUAAGGAGCAGUCUGUGUUUUUAAAAACUUCUUUCCUGCUAUUAAAAGCGCUGUGAUGGGGCUAAGUUUGUCCUCACAGCAGACUCUUUUUCUGCUCCUCUGUCUGACUGAAGGUCCACUUGGAAGAUUGUCAGAGCUGAGAGACUGGAUCAAGAUGAUUGAAAGUAUAUGUGGACUUUUAGUUAAGCUUUGGUCAAUAUUUUACAAGAUUUCAUUUAUUUCUCUGGUUUCUGUCUGCAGAUGUUUAACGAGUAAGCAGGAUUUUAGAUGUACUGUUUGAUUUCUGUUAAGUUUGAUAACAUUUUGUGAAACCAGGAGAUUUUCUGAUGUAUAAAAAGAAACAUUUAACAGAAGCUGAUGUAAGAAUUUUCUUUGAUUCGAUUUUUUUAUUAAAAUAUCUGAAACAUAAAA